AUGACCGAGCAGCUCCUUCACCUGCCCGAGGUCGAGAGGCUCAGCCCCGCUUGCAUCCGCAUCCUCGGCGGCAAUCCGGGCAAGUUCACCCUGCAGGGCACCAACACAUAUCUGGUAGGGACCGGUUCCAAGAGGUUGCUCGUCGACACGGGCGAGGGCAAGCCUUCGUGGAUUGCCGCCUUGAAGCGGACCCUCGAGUCGGAGAGGGCUACUAUACAGAGCGCUCUCAUCACCCACUGGCACCCUGACCACGUCGGCGGGAUCGCCCAGCUCUUAGAGCUUUCGCCUCAGACCACUGUCUAUAAGCACGAUCCCGCCCAGGGUCAGCUCGACAUCGUGGAAGCGCAAGAAUUCGAGGUUGAAGGAGCCACCUUGACGGCUCUGCAUGCGCCGGGCCAUACCACAGACCAUAUGGUAUUCGUUUUGCGCCAGGAAGAUGCCCUUUUCACCGGCGACAACGUCUUGGGUCAGGGCACCGCCGUCUUCGAGGAUCUCGGUACCUAUCUCAAGAGCCUAGCCAAGAUGGAAGAGCUGGUGUCGGGCCGGGCGUACCCGGGACACGGCCCCGUCUUACCGCAGGCACGUGUCACGAUUGCUCACUACAUCUCUCAUAGGCAUCAGAGAGAGGUGCAGGUGUUACAGACCCUAGGCUCGGCUAGAGAGACCGACCUCUGGACCGUGAUGGAGCUGGUGAAGGUGAUUUACCGCGACGUCCCGGAAAAUCUUCACCUGCCCGCCGCGAAUGGGCUAAUCCAGGUCUUGCGGAAGCUCUACGACGAAGAUAGGGUCGUGCAAGAGGGUGGCGAUAAGUGGCGCCUCAACGACCGGUCAAGCUUAUGA